GCUUGAUUCAGUCUCCACCAUCCAAUCCACUUGGCGAUUCUGCUCUGCUACGACUCCCUCGUCUUCACCGAGUAUAACUUGGCUCCGAUGCCGGCCAGCUCCAUCGCAGAGCCCGAGAAGGGGUCAAACAUCCCGGUGCCUGACUCUGCAAUGACCAAAGAGAACAUGACCAACGUGGAGCUGCAGCCCGGCGACAAUGAGCUUGGCAACACGAUGGAGGUCAUCGACCCCAAGGCGGAGAGCAGGAUGCUGCGCAAGUUUGACUUCUUCGCCGUCAUCCCCCUUGGCAUCCUCUACAUGAUGGCUAUUCUAGACCGGAGCAACUUGGGCAACGCUCAAAUCGCGGGCAUGCCCCAUGAUAUUGGCCUCGUUGCCAACCAAUUUGGCACUGCAACGACGCUGCUAUACGCCACCUAUGUCCCGUUCGAGGCGCCUGUUUCGGUAUUGGUCAAGAGCGUGGGGCCAAAGAUUCUCAUCUCAGCCUGCUCCUUGUGUUGGGGCCUUGUGACUCUGGGAAUGGCCUUCAUCCAGGACUACAAGGGACUCUACGCCUGUCGCUUGCUGAUGGGGCUCUUCGAGGCAGGCCUGAUCCCCGCGAGCGAAGUCUACCUUGCCCUGGUCUUCAACAAGUCGGAGCGAGGCAAGCGCAUGUGCCUCUUCUACACCUUCAGCUGCCUGGCCAGUGCCUUUGGCGGUCUCCUGGCAUACGGCCUGACGCAGAUCAACGGACCCAAUGGCUUUGCCGGCUGGCGAUGGCUGUUUGCCGUCGAGGCGGCCAUCACCAUCAUCCUGGUGCCCAUCUUCUACUUUGUGUUUCCCAAGAGCCCCGUCGAUGCGUGGUUCUUGACCCCCGAGGAAAAGCGCAUCGUGCGAUUGCGAUACGAUAGGGACCCUCACUGGGCGUACGAUGAGAAGUUCUCCUGGGCCGAGGUUGCCAAGGUCUUCCGUGAUCCCAAAUUCUACGCCUUCUUCAUCUACCAGUUCUCCAUCAACCUGACGCAGUUUGGUUUCACCACCUUCCUCCCGGCCAUCAUCUCGGGCCUCGGCUACACGUCGGUCAUUGCCAACCUCAUGACGGUUCCCAUCUACCUGUCGGCGCUCGCCUUCUUCUUGAUCAUGGCAGUUUCCUCGGACCGUCUGAUCAGGCGAGGCCCUUUCAUGGCGGGCCCAACACUGCUGCUUGUCAUUGGACUGACUCUGCUUGUAUCUGUCAAGAGCCAGAAAGUCCGCUUCUUUGCUUGUUUCCUGACCGCAAUGGGCAUCUACCCAUCAGCAUCCCUCUCCAUCAUGUGGCUGCAAGACAACGCCGCAGGCUUCUACAAACGGUCCAGCAUGGUCGGCCUCACGCUGACUUUUGCAAACACGGCCGGGGUGGUCGUCGGGCAGAUUUUCACCUCCGACACGGCGCCGUUCUACCGAAGGGGGUUGACUAUCUGCCUUGGUUUUGCCGUUUUGGCUUUUCUUCUCGUCGUCAGUCUCAUCAUCGGGAUGCACCUUGUCAACAAGCGAAGAGAGCGGGCGAUUCAAGAGGCCGAGGCAGCCGGCUGCCCGAUUUCCCCCAAGCCUGAGAUGGGAGACUUUGACACGCACUACAGGUACGUGCUCUAGAGUCUGCACGACUUUGUUGGCGUGAGGGCACAAUUUGGGGAGGAGGGGUGGUUCAGACGCGACGUUUGCAGG